GGAGUUUGCACACCUCUGGUUGAUAAAGGGAUAACGUGAGAGCUCUCUCUCUUUGUCUGAGGUUUUCUCUCUGAAUCAACAAUGGCUACCUGUUCUUAUCUUCUCAUACAUGCUCACGUUAGAGGGUGGCCUUCAAGGAUAAGGAUAUCCAAGCAUGGAAAUCCCACAAUCACUGAAAGCUUUAGGUGUCCCAGUAUAAGGCAAAGAUUAGUGAUUGCACAAUGUUCCAUCUCGUAUCUGACUGAAGUUGGAGCCUGUCCUAGCAUUUCCGGGAAGCCAUUUGAUCCCCAUUCGGCCUCCGAGAUCCUCAGAGUGAUGGACAUGCCAGAAGCAUCACAUACCGCUGUCUCAAAUUUCAUGCACAAUUUGGUGGUGGCAGAUUUGGACCCUGCUACAGCAAAGCUAGCCAUUGCUUUCCUAGGACCCUUUCUGGCUCUGUUUUCGUUUCUGUUCAUUGUUAGAAUAGUGAUGUCCUGGUACCCAAAAAUUCCAGUAGGUAAGUUUCCAUAUGUCUUGGCUUAUGCUCCCACAGAGCCAAUUCUCAUCCCAACCAGAAAGGUCAUCCCACCUUUAGGGGGUGUGGAUGUAACCCCUGUUGUCUGGUUUGGAUUGAUUAGUUUCCUUAAUGAGAUAUUAAUAGGUCCACAAGGGCUACUUGUGCUUCUAUCUCAACAAACUAACUGAUACAGGAUGGCGGUCAAGAAAGUGUUAAAUUUCUGAUAAAGGAUGGCAGUCAAGAAUGUGUUCAAUUUUAUAUCUGUGCUAUAUGAGAUGCCUUUUUUGGGGUGUGAGUAAUAAACUGCUUCCUGGCAUUGCUGUCCCAG